AUGCAUCCUCUGGGAAAAGAACCUGUCCUGUGCGCACUGAGAGUUGCCUCGAAAUCCUCUAAUCAUUCACAACUGUCCAGUUUAUGCAGAGGUUUGAAAGAGUUCGUUAAUCUCAGAGGAUUGAUGGCCGGGACCGGAUGGGCCUCCAGUCAAGUUACCAUCACUGGGGAUUGCCUGGGAGUGAACCGCUUCGGAAUGAAAUUGCGUGGGGGAUCAUCGCUGGAGUAG